AUGGGUAACAGGACAGAAGUGACACAGUUCAUCCUGCUGGGACUAACCAAUGACCCAGAACUGCAGGUUCCUCUCUUCAUAAUGUUCACCUUCAUCUACCUCAUCACUCUGGUUGGGAAUUUGGGGAUUACCGUGCUGAUUCUCUUGGACUCCCGUCUCCACACUCCCAUGUACUUUUUCCUCAGUAACCUGUCUCUGGCGGACUUUAGUUACUCUACAGCUGUCACACCCACAGUCAUGGCUGGGUUACUUAGAGGAGACCAGGUCAUCUCCUACAGUGCAUGUGCUGCUCAGAUGUUCGUUUUUGCUGUCUUUGCCACUGUGGAAAAUUACCUCCUGGCCUCAAUGGCCUAUGACCGCUACGCAGCAGUGUGCAAACCCCUCCAUUACACCACCACCAUGACGACAGGUGUGUGUGUUCGUCUGGCCGUAGGCUGCUAUGUCUGUGGUUUCCUGAAUGCCUCUAUCCACAUUGGAGGCACAUUUAGUCUCUCUUUCUGUAUGAACAAUGAAGUCCAUCACUUUUUCUGUGAUAUCCCAGCAGUCAUGGUUCUUUCUUGCUCUGAUAGACACGUCAGUGAGCUGGCUCUUGUUUAUGCAACCACUUUUAACAUCAUUUUUGCUCUCCUAGUUAUCUUUGUAUCCUACAUAUUCAUAUUUAUCACCAUCCUGAAGAUGCACUCUUCUUCAGGAUACCUAAAGGCUAUAUCCACCUGUGCUUCCCACCUCACUGCAGUGUCCAUCUUCUACGGAGCAGUCAUCUUCAUGUACACACAGCCCAGCUCCAGCCAUUCCAUGGACACAGACAAAAUGGCAUCCGUGUUCUAUACCAUGGUCAUCCCCAUGCUGAACCCUGUGGUCUACAGCCUGAGAAACAAGGAGGUCAAGAAUGCAUUCAUGAAAAUUGUUUUAGAGUCAAAGUUGUCUUUAGGAUUGUGA